AUGGAAACAAAAGUGGAAUUCUGUAUUGUUUUCCGACCGACAAGUUUAUUCUUGAAGCAGGAUAUGUAUACUUUGUGUAUCUACUAAAUUUCUUGGGAAGAAUAACUUUUAUUGACAUACAAUAUUUAUCAAAAUUUGCUAGAUUUAUAUCAAUGA